GAAGUGGCGCUCCCAGGAGGUGCCUGCCAGCGCCCGCAGCAGGUAGGCGGCCCCGGGAGGAGGAGCGCUGGCAGAUGCUUCCCCAGGUAGCCGGUGCCUCCCUUUCCCACUACCGGCUCUGCGGCCUCGCGCGAUCCAGGCUGGAAGUCAGGUCGCGCUCGUCCCACGGUCUGCCAGGGCGCCCCUCUGCGAACCCCAGGCGCUUCCUUGGCCCGAGCGCGGGAACUGCCCUCCAGCCCCGUCGAGAGCGAGGUCCGGAGCAUCUCCGAUAUUUGGGCGGCGUCAAGGUGGAGGUUCUGGCGACCACAGGCACUACCCUACGACGAGGCUCCGGCCAGGGAGCUGCGGGAACAUGUGCCGGGACCUGCAGUUUGUUUGAUCGUUGCUGGACUAUGUUUGCACUUAUGAUUCUACUUAGCCUACUGCCCAUAGCUACCUUGGCGUUCCCUCAUUGCACAAGAAGUCCAGAGGCGUCCACGCGCCUGGGGGAACAAGUCUUUACAUCAAAAGAAGAAGCAAACUCUUUCAUACAUAGACACCUGCUAUAUAAUAGAUUUGAUUUGGAACUCUUCACUUCCGGCGACCUAGAAAGAGAGUGCUAUGAAGAACUUUGUAAUUUUGAGGAAGCCAAAGAGAUUUUUGUGGAUGAAGAUAAAACGAUGGCAUUUUGGCAGGAAUAUUUGAUUAAACAACCAACUGUAAAAUCAGGUGGUAACAGUGAGAAAAUUGAUGUCAUGGGCCUUCUUACUGGACUAAUUGCUGCUGGAGUAUUUUUGGUUAUUUUUGGAAUACUUGGCUACUAUGUUUUGAUCAAUAAGUGUAGCAGACAACGGCAUCCAGGCUCUUCAAGGGGCAGGCAGACUCCCUCCAUCAUUUUCAGAAGACCUGAGGAGGCUGCCUUGUCUCCAUCACCACCUGCAGUGGAGGACACAGGAUUACCUUCUUAUGAGCAGGCAAUGGCACUGACCAGAAAACACAGCAUUUCACCACCGCCACCAUAUCCUGGACCAGCAAAAGGCUUUAGGGUAUUUAAAAAGUCUAUGUCGCUCCCAUCUCACUAAACCCACCUUGCCAUCCUGGCGGUCCAGGAGAUUCAUGUUAUUUGAAUGGUUCAUUUUCUCUGAACCAUACAGACAUGUCCGUUCAGCCCCUUAUGACAAACUGCAAGAAGUAAAGGAGGAAUAAGCACGAGCACUACACCACAGAAGUCCUGUCAAUAAUCUUGGACCUGAACUUGUCCAUGAUCAGCUUGAUAAGAAAAUUGAACUCCAUAUCCUUGUAGUUAGGAGCACUUUUUUUGUUUAUUUUCAUUGUUCCCCCCAAAUCUGUACUAUGAAUGUCACAGCUAUAACUGGUGAAAUAGCUGUAUCCUUUGUGCAGAUAAAAGGUUGUAGAUUUUUUUGUGUUGAAUAUUAAAAAAGUAAGAAUUCCUAAUUAUUAGAUUAUCCCAAGUCAUAACAUUGGGCCCACGCUUUAUUAGAAUUCCUGGUUUGUGGCAAAUACUUCACAGAAUUUGACAUUUCACUAUAAACUUGUGGUCUUAAUAUAAUAACUUUGUUUUAUAUUUUAAAUUAUUGCAUAGCAUUCACUGUAUUUUGCAGGUUUUAAACAACUCUGUUUAAGAGUUGUUAACUCUUGCUAUCAGUCAUGUUUCUUUAUGAGGAGUGGGAUCAGUAAUUUUCUUUAAAAAAAACACUGGCUAGGGAGUUAGAUUUUCAGAAGUUGCAAUGGCAAGGAUUUGCAAGAGUGGUUAUACUAACUAAUAAAUAGGCCUCAAAUCUAAGAGUGAGUAGGACUUGAUAAAGUUAUCCAUAUUACUGAUGAGUAGACACACCUAUUUCAUUAUUAAAUUAGCUAUAUGUAACUAUAUCCACAUAUAAUUAUUUAUCUUGAAAACAUAUGGAAUUUUCUAUAUAAUAGCUUGAGAACCUAGAAAAAAUAAUCUAUUUUUCUGCUUUUAAAAUAAUAUUGAUUAAAGUUAUGAGCAAUCCCUUAU